AUGACCACGUUUCGCCCCAAUACAGUGGUGGAAUAUGUCUGUCGUCCAGGCUACGUGAGACGCACUGAAUCCCGAAACACCCUGGUUUGUGGAAGGAACAAUAGGUGGCAUGGGUCAGAGGAGAUGUGUAUACCAAAGACGUGCAUCUACCCUGGAGAGCCGGCCAACGGGAGGCUCGUCCUAGCAGAAAAGUUCACUUUUGGUUCUUUUUACUUCACCUGCAAUGCUGGGUACAGACUGGUGGGAAAUUCUCAAAUUCAGUGUGUUCUUAAAAAUGGGGCUGUUACGUGGGACAGAGAGAUUCCCAUCUGCGAGCCCAUACCAUGUUCACCCCCUCCAGAAAUUGCAAAUGGGGAGCACAACGGAGCUGGCAAAGAGCUCUUUGAAUACGGGACAUCCGUCACCUACCGGUGCCACACUGUCCGAAGGGGAGAGAGACCCUUCUCACUGGUGGGAGAUGCCUCCAUCUUCUGUACCACCACAGACGGCAUCAACGGUGUCUGGAGCAGGCCAGCUCCGGAGUGCAAAGUGGUUCACUGUGAGCAGCCAAGCGUGGCCAACGGGAAGCUGCUGAGUGGGUACCGGGCUGAGUACAGCUACAGGGACACCGUCGUCCUCGACUGCGCCUUCCGCUACACCAUGAACGGCAGCGACGCCUCCACGUGCAACAAAAAUGGCCAUUGGGACCCCCCGCUGCCGCGCUGUCAGCUCAGCAGCUGUGACGACCCUCCAGAUGUGUACAAUGCUGUGAAAACCAAACUUGCUGGCAAUCUGUUCCCUGUGGAGACUGUCAUUACCUACGAGUGUAAGGAGGGCCACCAGUUCAGCCCAGGGGAAACCACAUGGCACAUCAAGUGUCUGCCGGAUUUUACAUGGACCGAAACUCCACAUCCCUGUGAAAGAGUUCAUUGCCCAAAUCCAGACAUCAGGAACGGAAAGCCCUUACGUAUAUGGGAAGUUAAAGCCGAUUAUAUGUAUGGAGACAGACUGGAAAUUACGUGUAACGAUGGCUAUGCCUUUAAAGGCCAUGGCAAUAACGUUGUGCUUCAGUGCACAAGCGAUGGGAGAUGGGAUCCAGCAGUACCGGAGUGCACUCCAGAACCUCGUUGCCCAAAGCCAGAAACUGCUCAUGGAAGAGAGAUUUAUAAAAGCAAAAAGGACUACACAGUUGGGACCCGACUGCGGCUGGCGUGUGAUUCGGGCUAUACCCUCAGGGGCCAGGACCUGACCGAGUGUCAGGCUGAUGCGAGCUGGGCUCCCCCGUUACCGUUUUGUGAUAAAGUCUGUGACCCCCCUCCCCAAAUCACCAAUGGGCAGCACUCUGGUGUUGGACAGGAGCAGUUCCCCUAUGGUGCAGAGGUGACGUACAGCUGUGCCGAGGGUCUGUCCCUCAUCGGGGAUGCCUCCAUCUACUGCACCUCUGACGAUGGGGAGAACCUGGUGUGGAGUGGUCCUGCACCCCAGUGCAGGGGUCUCAUCACUACUUGCUGCACAGGCUUCGGCGCGCGUGGGGCCCCCGAGAGCCGGUGCCUGGCCGACGGCGCCUGGCACCCCCCGCUGCCGACCUGCCAGCCAGUUCAGUGUCCCAAACCCUCGGGACAGGAGGAGCUAAUGAUUUACUCUCCAAAAUUAUGGUACGAGGUGAAUGAAACUCUGUUGUUCCACUGCCGGCAUAACGGCCGUCUGUCAGUACAGUUAAGAACUACCUGCUCAGCCAACGGCACUUGGGUACCACCGCCCACUUGUAAAAAGCGUGAUACGUGUGAGAAGAUUCUUCAAAAUAGGGAAGUUUUCCAGUGUGGAAUUCCUCUGACAGAACUGAAAACUCUGCUGGAAGUCCGGAAACUGUAUCUGGAGAUCCAGAAACUUGAAAUGGAGCUAAAACCCACUGCAUACGGCUGA